UGUUGAUCGCGUGUGUUUGUUUUUAUUGUGUUUGUAUGUUUGGGAUCAUGUUUCGGUCGGCACAGCUUUAAAUCAGUUAAACCACUCAUUUAAUUUUUCGUAUGGAAAAAUAAAAGGUUGAUCAACGGACUAAUAUGAUCAUUGGAGGAAAUAUCGAAAUUGGAUAAAUAAAAAUAGUGAUUUAAAAAUAAGUACUUAAUGUGAGCAUGAACAUCAAAAAAGGUUAAGAACAACGAAUGAAAAUCAAUAAUAUUAGAAGGAAAAUAAACAAUUAAAAUCAAAUGUCCACUGUGAAUGAAUCAAUGGCUAUUUAAAAUUUUGUGAAAUCAAGACAUAAGACGAAUAAAAAUUGUGAAAUUUAAAAAUGCAUUUGGCAACCGAAGUGACGUCGACGACAAAUCAUCAUCAAUUGUCAUCAUCAUCAUCAUCUUCAAUGGAUACGAAAAAUUCAACGAACGAAAAUAACAAUCAAACCAAAAGCGAUUCGGCGAAGACCAAUAACAAUGGUUUCUUAACCGCUCAAGAGUUGGCUGAACGCACCAUUGACAGUCUGUUGGCUGAACAUCCCGGUGAACUUGUUCGAACUGGCUCACCACAUAUUGUAUGUACAACCCUACCCAAUCAUUGGCGAUCGAACAAGACUUUACCAGGUGCUUUUAAAGUUGUGGCAUUGGGUGAAGUAAACGAUGGCACACUGGUCACUGUGAUGGCUGGCAACGAUGAGAACUUUUGCGGCGAACUACGUAAUUGCACUGCAGUAAUGAAGAACCAAGUGGCAAAGUUCAACGAUUUACGCUUUGUUGGUCGCAGCGGACGCGGGAAAAGUUUUUCGCUUACAAUAUGCAUAUCAACCGUACCAGCUCAAGUGACAACAUAUACGAAGGCGAUCAAAGUAACCGUCGAUGGACCACGUGAACCACGCUCAAAAAUUCGCCACCAGAAUUUCCAUCCAUUUGCAUUUGGACCACAACGUUUUGCACCCGAUCCCCUUAUGGCUGGAUUACCUUUCAAAUUGCCAGGUUUUCAUCAUUUCGGCAUACCAGCGCAUUUGUCAGCUGGUCAUGAAUGGCGUACAUUAGCGAAUCGUCCUGGUUUUCCGCAUGUACCAUUUUUCCAUCCUCAGCCAGCAUCACAUUUUCCGCCGCAUAUGCUUCAUUUGGAUCAAAAUCGAAGUGUUUUGGGACUACCAAAUCGUACAACAACGCCCUUAACGCAACUGAACAAUCAAAAUACCGCAUCAAAUAACAAUAACAAUAAUCCACAUAGUACAACAAGCCCAAAUUCAUCUCCUGCAAAUGUAUCACUAACAAAUUCAUCACAAUUGACGCCGCCGCACACCGAUGAAAAUGACAAUUUGAACGACGAUCGAUUUGAAAAUGACAACAUAUCGGUUACUGGUUCACCGACACAAGCCAAUUCAACUGAAGACGAUGAAAGACGUAGCCCGUCUCCAUUUCAAUCGGCCACAUUACCACAAACUCAAACCGAAUCGCCUGGAAAUGGUGGUGCAUUCACAUCGCUCAUCCAUCGAAACGCAAAGAAAGGUGACUUCCUUUCAAAUUUCCAAACGCAUUUACAUCAAAGACCGACAGUAGCAACAACAACCGCUGCUACGUCUGCUGCUCAUCCAUUACAUCAACAAUUACCACAACAAAAUCAUGCACUGAAUCAUGCAUUGGCCGCCCAAUUAUUUUUGCAAUCACCUUUGAUUCCACAACCAAGUCAAUGGCUGUAUUCACAGUUAUACGGUGGAAAUUACAACGAACUUCCUUGGUUACGAACAUCGCUUCAAUCAAACGGCAAUGGUUUUCGAUUGAACAGCGGUAUAAAUAACAAUGACACAAUUUUGGCACAAUCGAAUUCACUAUGCAUCGAAUCAAAUAAUGAACAUUCGUUUGGCACAAAACGAAGCAUCACAUUAAUUUCACAUUUGGACGAGGAAAAAGAAACGAGCGCAUCGCCUCCGGUAACAUCAACAAAACGCACACCUAGCCCACAUGAGGACGAUAUUGAAAUUGUUAGCAAUACCAGUUCGGCCAAAACGAAAAGUGAUUCGUUAAAAUGUCGAACAACAAAACAUGUCGACGUCUGGCGACCAUAUUAACACAACAAUCGAUGGACAACGACAGUUAAUUCAAUUUCAGGCCCAUUGUAAAUAAUUUCCAAAACACAAUCGAUUGGCAGAUCUUUUCGUUUGUUUGAAUUGCCAAUCUUAAGAUUAUAUAUUGUAUUUAAUACAAAACUUUAAUAAUAAUAGUAAUAAUGUGUAGAAAAUGAAUUGGAAGAAACUCUUUAAAGAAAAUUCACCCUUAUAUUUCAUUUUAAUGUAUUUAAAUCAAUGACACAGGAUGUCUCAAUAAAGGAACACCAUGAAUUGCAUGUUUUCAUUCGCAUCAUACUGCAAGUCACGCACUUGUUUAGAAAAAUACUACCAUGAUUUACGGUUUACAUAUCGAAUUUAAUCAGAUCGGGCGAAGAAAUGAAAAUCAAAACGGAAAAUGUAGUCAAGUUGAAAUUUUUCUCAAGCCCCUAAAUAGCAUCCAUCCAAUUAAAAUGUAUCAAGCCCAACUGAACAGGAGCAACCACCAUAUAAUUUCGCGCAUAGUUUCCGAAGUUGGCGAUCCAACGUGCGGGUUCAUUUCAAAAUUUUACGAAAAAUCCAAAGGGUAAUUUUGAAGAUUUUUUCAAAAUGUUAAGGAUUAAUUCGAUUAAUAUCUAGUGCAAACUCAGUUUCUGGGCAAAAGUGAAGAUCCAAAAGAAAUCUUUACUUUCAAAUUUACGAAAAAAAUGUUUCCCAAUAUGCAAAAAGGAAAUUUCAAAUCCACUCUUGGGGUUGAAAUAAUCCAACCCCCUGGAUCUCUGAUCAAAAGCUCCGAUUUCACUUACAAAAUGAAAAUUCAACAAACAUACAUUACGUUUAUAACAAAAAAAAAAAAAUACUUUUCUGUACAUAAAACGACACAUAUGAUUAUACGUAAAUAAUAAAUAAAAAUGCAUAUAAUAGAAUACCUAUACAUUAACUAUAGAUAUUUAGUAGAAUGUAAUCCGUAAUUUCAGCGCAUUAAAACACACAGACAUUACUUAAAUUAAAUAUAUUUGACAGAAAUUAAAUGAAAAUGGAAAUGCAAUGUAUACACAGUUGAACACAAAAAAACAUAUAUCCGAACCAAACUGGACUGUAUACCAAAAAUGCAUUCAUAUUAAUUUAAAACAAAAAAUAAAACGUUUUUUUUCUCGAGAAAAUCACACAUUGGCUAACAUUUAAUUGAAAAACGAAA